AACUCACAGAGAUCCUCCUGCCUCUGCCUCCCGAGCGCUGGGAUUAAAGGUGUGUGCCACUACCGCCUGACGGUACCCAAGCUUUCAUGUUCAGUCUUAGAUAGUACAUGCCCGUAUCAUCUCCUGAGGCUUCCGCUCUGUUACUACGCUACAUUGUGGUCUUAGCUUGGAGUCAUGCACAGUGGGACAUGGGAUGCUCCAGACACAUUCGGGGAGGCCAUCUUACCUUUCUGAUGAUCCCAGGAAUAAGGAAGCAAGUUUUGCCCCCCCCCCCUCAAACCAGGAUUCAUCGGGCAUGGCUGCUUUGUGCUUUUAAUCCCAGCACUUGAAAGCUGAGACCGGAAGAUUGUUGCAAGUUUGAAGCUAGCUGGAGCUAGAGCGUGAGUGCAAGUGAAAGUUACGUUUGGUUGAAGCCAGAACAGAGAGGCAUAGAUGGAAAGCAGGAUUUUAAAGCACAAGUUAAAAAAAAAAAACAAAAAACAAAAAAAAAAAAACAAAAAACGAUCGUCGAGCCGGGGCUCCGAAAAUAAACAGAAGGCAGAAGUUCCCUGUCUUCCGGCAGCUGUCACAGCACAGAUCUAAUGUCCGGCUGCUUCACACCCACUCGGGCAAGACCCUUCCAGGGCUAGCUCAGUCGCCUUGGGCCACGCACUAGGUUCAGCCUGAAAAAUCAGCUGACGAAUAGAGCUUAGUGCUAAAGUAUAAUAGUCAGCUGCUAAAGCUGGACAAUGUUAGAGCAUCUCCAGUCACCGGUGGCUUCGUAGAGCAUGCUUUUAAUCCCAGCACUUGGGAGCUAGAGGCAAGGCAGAUCGCUAUGAGUUCAAGGCUAGCCUGGCCUAUAUCCGUAUCAAGUAGCAGGACAGCCAGGGCUACGUAGAGAGAGACCCUGUCUCAAUAAACAACAGCCACUUCUCCUUUGAAGAGGAGCGCAAGCCAGAGAUGGGAACUGACUACCCCAGGCCACACAGUUGUAUGCUAAACAGUUUAGGACCUCUGUACCUGGAGGUCAAGUGCUUUGGGGAUGGUGAGGGGACUGAGUAGGUACAACUGACAGCCUAAAUCCAAUCUUAGGAACCCAUCUAGCGGAAGGAGAGGAACCAACCCCUCCCCCACCCCCACUGCAAGUUGGUCUCUGACCUCCACAUGUGCGCUAUGGCAUGAAUAUACCCCACUCCUCCCGAAACAUGCCUGUAAAUAAAUACGCUCAUGUAAUCAAAAAUAUUUUUAGUAGGGUGCUUUGUCGGGCUAGGGGUGUAGCUCAGCUGCUGGAGUGCUCGCCUAACGUGGUUGAAGCUCUGGGUCCCUAGUAUCACAAAAGGCCAGUGUGAUGGCUGAUGCCUACAAUCCCAGCACUUAGGAGGUCUUGGAGAAGCAGAAGGGUCAGAAGUUCAAGGUCAUCCUCUAUUCCACAGCAGUUAAGAGACCAGCCUGAGCUAAGUGAGACUAUCAAAAACACAAAGGUGCUUUGACAAAAAUGACUUCCUCCCAGUAAAUACAGAAAAACACUUCCCUCCCUGGCCUUUUAGUCUGUUGCUCUGUUGGCCUGGACAAUCUGCUUCUGGUCUGUUUGGGCCAAAACCCUUUACCUCCCUGGACCUGUUUCCCUGUUUUGCCAAUGAGGAAGAGAACAAGCUGACUUUGGACUCCCUUGCAGCCUCAACCUCCUGUAAGUCUAAUUUCGUUUGAAGGCUGUAGGUUGAUCCUACCACCACCCAGCUGUUUCAAGAGUAGUGUGAGCAGCUGCAAACACAGCUUGCAGGUUGUCUGGACGCAGCCUUUUGGUGUCUGUGGGAACUUUCGUUUGGCUCAAACUACAGCUGCAGUUUGGUUUUACCUGUCCACAUGAAAUACAGAAUUUAAUCAGGACAAAGGUUCAACUUGUCUCCCUGGGAUCUUUAUCCCAAUAUAUUUCUGUUCAAAUUAUCCCCGAGGACACCAUUAAGACUCUUAAGACUUUCUGGCCAGAGGUGGUGGCACACACCUUUGAUCCCAGCACUCCGGAGGCAGAGGCAGGAGAAUCUCUGUGAGUUCAAGGCCAGCCUGGUCUACAGAGUGACUUCCAGGACAGAACAGCCAGAGCUAUCGUAGUGAGACCCUGUCUCAAAAAAAGCAGAAAACAACAAAAAAAGAGAAAGAAAAAAGCUAGAUAUGAGGUGAUAGUCAAGACAUAAAAAUCAGGUUUUGUGACCUAUAAUCUAGUUGAGCAAGUAAGACAAAUGCAUGGAAAGUAAAUGAUUGCCCGUUAAGCAAUUCCUCUCACAUGAAGGUGAGACCACCUCAGUUCAGUUUAUCAGAGGAAGUCUGAUGGAAAAAGGACCGAGUGAGCGGGGCUGUGGAGGGUGCCACAGCAGCUGUAGAGACCGUGCGCAGCUUCAAGAAAUGACUCGGCCAAAAGCAAGGUAGCUGGAGACUACAAGAGCCAACAGGGACCUUUUGUGACCUUGGCAGAUCAAGAAUGACCCAAAAGAAUUCGAAGCUUUGUUCCAGAGCCAAUGUGUAUACCCAAGUGCCUGAUGGAGGAUGGGGCUGGGCUGUAGCUAUUUCUUUUUUUUUUGUUGAAGUCUUUACCUAUGGCAUCAUCAAAUCAUUCGGUGUCUUCUUUAAUGACUUAAUGGACAGUUUUGAUGAGUCCAACAGCAAGAUCUCAUGGAUAAUAUCAAUAUGUGUGUUUGUGUUAACAUUUACAGCUCCCCUCUCCACAGUCCUGAGCAACCGCUUUGGACAUCGGCUGGUGGUGAUGGCAGGAGGGCUACUUAUCAGCACAGGCAUGAUUGCUGCCUCCUUCUCCCAGAGGGUCUACCACAUGUACAUCUCCAUUGGGGUCAUCUCUGGUUUGGGGUACUGCUUUAGUUUCCUUCCAACUGUCACCAUUCUGUCACAGUACUUUGACAAACGGCGAUCUGUCGUCACUGCGGUCGCUUCUACGGGAGAGUGCUUCGCUGUGUUCGCUUUUGCACCAGCCAUCACGGCUCUGAAGGAGCACAUUGGCUGGCGAUACAGCCUCCUCCUCGUGGGCCUACUGCAGCUGAACAUCAUUGUCUGUGGCGCCUUGCUAAGACCAAUCACUAUCCAAGGACCAGGGUCACCGAAAGCAGUCACUCACGAGCCCCGGAGAGAAGUGCAAUACAUGCUUGAAAAUGAGAAAACAAGAACCUCAAUAGACUCCAUCGACUCAGGAGUAGAGCUAACUACCUCACCAAAAAAUGUGCCUAGUCAAGCUAACACAGAGCAGGAAGCCAGGGCUGAGCAGCAGCAGACCCUGGUGGCUGGCCCCAAGCACAGCCACAGGAAAGCCUCACUGUUAGACUUCUCCAUUUUGAAAGAGAGAAGCUUCAUCUGUUACGCCUUGUUUGGCCUCUUCGCCACGCUCGGUUUCUUUGCCCCUUCCCUGUACAUCAUCCCUUUGGGUAUCAGUCUAGGCGUUGACCGGGACCGAGCGGCAUUCUUACUAUCUACCAUGGCCAUUGCUGAAGUGUUCGGAAGGAUCGGCGCUGGGUUUGUCCUCAACAGAGAGCCCAUUCGGAAGAUCUACAUUGAACUCAUAUGCGUCAUUUUACUGACGGUGUCUCUCUUCUCCUUCACUUUUGCUACUGAAUUCUGGGGUCUCAUGAUGUGUAGUGUGUUUUUUGGCGUCAUGGUUGGGACCAUAGGAGGGACCCACAUCCCACUGUUGGCCGAGGAUGACGUCGUUGGAAUCGAGAAGAUGUCAUCUGCAGCCGGAGUCUAUGUCUUCAUUCAGAGCAUUUCAGGGCUGGCAGGACCACCCUUGGCAGGCCUACUGGUCGACCAGAGCAAGAUCUACAGCAGGGCCUUCUACUCCUGUGCAGCAGGCAUGUCCGUGGCUGCUGUGUGCCUCGCCCUGGUGAGACCUUGUAAAAAGGGCCUGUGCCAGCAUCCCCGUUCAGGUGAAAACCAGACAGACAGCCAUCACAGGAAGGCGCUACAGGACAUACCAGAAGACUUUCUGGAGAUGGAUCUUGGGAAAUGUGAGCACAGGGUUCAUAUGAAAACGGAUCCAGUGUGACACAUUUUCAUGUCAUAGCUUCUGUGUUGCCUGGGAAAAGAGCCCCUGGGGCAGGUGCCGACCACAGGACCCCACCUUCAAAACUGCAUAAGGGGAGUGCAUGUGCAAGCAGCUGUGUCAGCGUCUUUCCCUUUCCUGUAAGUCCAUUGUGCUUGCUCUUUAAGCCAAAACCAAAACAACCAAACACUUUUCCGUACAGGAAUCCAGCCCUAUUCAACAGCAAUACAAAGAUGCAUGGAAGGACACUGGUCUCAUCCCAGCACUACAACAAUGCCAUGAACUGGCAAACUGGUGUUCAAAGUACUCUUAUGUGUGUAGACUAUUAUUUCAUAAAGUGACAUCCAGCCCAAGUCAUGGAAAUGUAUUGGCCAUUCCAAAAAGAAAAAAAAAAAAACAAUCUUAAAUCAUUAAAAAAAAGUUGCUGAUUUUCAGAAAUACAGGUAAAUUAUUUUUUAAAACAAUUUGAAAAAUUACUAAGGUUUAAAUUGACAAACUGUGGCUUCUGAGUUUUCUCAGUCUUGCAUGGAAAGAAAGCAAGUAUUUAAGAGUAAGCAUUUGAUUAACAUGCAAAAAAAAUUAAAAACAUGUAACAACUUGAACUUCAAAGACUGCCACUUCUUUUUAUGGCCAGCCAUCACCACGAGUAUUUCAGUAGAAAUGUUAAAUUGCACUCAUGUUUCCUAUUGUUUUUCAUAAUUCAAGAAAUGAGUCACUGUAGUAUUUUUUAAUUUAAACAGAUAUUUAUUACUAAGUUAUUCUAGGAUGAUCAGAAUGAUGAAAAGGAGGGCCAGUGAGAUGGCUCAGUGGGUGAAGGUGUUUGUCUGCUGCCAAGAUUCACGACCUGAGCUGAUUCCUAGAACCCACAUGGUAGAAAGAGAACCAACCUCUCUGAGUUAUCCUCUGACCUCCACACACGUGCUAUGAGGUACAUGCGCCCACACACGUAUACGCACAAAAAAAUCUAAAAUGUUUUAGAAAAACCCUAAUAAUCAGAAUAAAUAAAAUGUGAUAUACACACUAUCCCCCCCCCUUUUUUUUUGGCUUUCCUGGCUGUCCUGGAACUCCCUCUAGACCAGGCUGACCUCAAACUCAAAGGAGUGCUGGAAUAAAAGGUGUGCGCCUGGCUACACAGCAUUUUUCUUUUUACCUCCUUUCUGCAGCUCUUUAAAUUCUUCAGAGAGCUUUUCUUGUCUCGUAACAUUAGUCUCCUGACAGCCCGAGCUGUAAUGAUUCUUUGGUGUUGUUAAAGGCAACGUGUGCUAUUUAAGGGGGGGGGGCGGGGAUACUGGAUGGCAAAUGGUCUCCGUUUUUAAAUUAUCACCUAAGAAUACUUGAGGAUCUUCUUUGACUAGAAUUACACUUCAUUGAAUUGUUGGAACAUUUCCAGUGGUUUUUGUUGUUGUUGUUGUUAUUUAAUCUUUAACUGUUGAAGCAUUUCUUCGUUUCAUCUGAAGUAGGAGGAACAUUUCUGUCACUAUCUCACAAGUUACAAGUUGUAAUUUACAUCUUCCAUAGAAUACUCGAUUGUCCUAAGUUGCCAUGGGUACCAGGCACCUGGUCACUGCUGUUGGCAAGUUCCACUACGUGUGUGUAUAGUGUUCUGCAUUCUAGAGUUCUCUGUAAAGGGGGCAGUGUGAGGACGAGGGGGCUGCCGCCUUCCUUGCCUGUCUGACUGCAUCUCCCCAACUGGGUGGCUGGUGUUUGCUGCUCAGCAUUUCCUCAUCUUUACUGUUCAAGACAACUCAGGGGGAACAUAGAACAAGCCUAGUUUGGUUACAGGUACACACAAGCUUGAAUCUUUCUCUGCACUUAAGAUGAAAGUGGCGUAGUUCGUCACCACAGGCUACCUUUUAUACAGCGUCGUAUCAGCCAUAGAAAUGGGACAAUCUGUAAAACUUUGGGGAGGGUUGAGUGACUUGAAGACAGAGUGUCUGUCCAAAAUAAAGCGGACACAUCUUUAAAAACAAGGUGGAUGUAGCAGAGCUCUGUGGGGUUGCCCCGAGAAACGCUUUAGGCUUGUGGGCAGUUUCCGCAGAGGCCAGUGACGUCAGCACUUUACGACCUAUUUUAUACUACGAAUGUUCGAUGCGAUUUAAUAUUUAUAACUGAUUUCUGAGGGGUCUACUCUUAAAUUUAUUCUGUUUACUGCAUGAGACAAGAACACGUAUGCCAUAUUUCAGUGUGUCAACAAUCAGGGGUGUAACUGUUGGGAAGGGAAAAGAAAAGAAGAACAGAAUGGCUGAUUUGUUCCGUAGGAGUGACAUUCCGGUACUUCUGGAUUUACAAUAAAUUUAUGGCUUCUUA